AUGGCGCCCGGAAAAUCCAAGGCCCAGAAGAUGUCCAUUGGGACCUUCUUGGCAGACGAGAGCCUCGGCUCUUGGGCUGACGAAAUGGAGGAUAUGCCCCUCCCAGCCGUGCCCUCUACGUCCUCCUUCGACCGUCGUCCGCUCAACAACCUAGGAUUCGGUGGCAGCGGUGGUGGUUUCGAACGUGAGACUCGCGGUGGAUAUGCCGUUCGCGAACCGCUUGAUCUCCCUACCGAACCUCCCUUCACUGCUCACGUUGGAAACCUGUCUUUCGAAGCGACUGCCGAUGAUAUCUCCGACCUCUUUGCUGGAUGUGGCGUUACCAACGUCCGCAUCGUGGAAGAUAAGCUGACCAAGGCCCCUAAGGGGUUCGGGUAUGUCGAAUUUGAGACCGUUGAUGGUUUGCAAAAAGCGUUGGAUUUGUCUGGAACCACCCUCCAGGGACGCACCAUUCGUACCAGCGUUGCGGAGCCUCCCAAGGAAUCCCGUCCUGAUAUGCGUGACCUUGACUGGACUCGCCGUGGACCUCUUCCAGGCCCUCCCGAACGUCGCCCUCCGCCAGACCGUGCCAGUUUUGGGCGCAACCUGGAUCCCGCAUCAGACGCUAGCAGCGAGCGCGGCAGCCGUCGCAACUUCGAAUCCGAUGGCAAGGCCCGCGACUUCAACACCUGGGAGCGCAAGGGUCCCCUUCCUCCCUCAAGCGGCGGGCCCCGUGAAGGCCGCCCAGGCACCAACGAUGGCCCAAACUCUGGCUUCCGCAAGAACUCCCCCGCUUGGGGCGAGGGUCGAUCACAAGAUGGAUCUCGUCCCCGGCCGCUCGUCCUGAACUGGCGCGCCCGCAUGCGCCCUGACCAGGCCUCUAAGGAGGCUAGCAACCCGCCCUCCCCAUCGGCAGCCCCGGCAGCCCCUGCUUCCCGCCCCAAGCUCAACCUCCAGAAGCGCACGGUCUCGGAAGCCACUCCUAGCCCGACAUCGACUGGCGGUGACUCCAAGGCCAGCCCUUUCGGCGCGGCUCGACCUAUCGACACUGCCGCGCGUGAGCGUGAAGUAGAAGAGAAACGUCAGAUGGCGAUCCGUCAAAAGAAGGAGGCCGAGGACAAAGCAGCAGCUGGCAAGGAGAAGGCCGAAAAGUCCAAGCAGAAGGAAGGCCGUGUUCCUGGCACAGACUCUAACAAGGAUUCCAUCGAGCCUCCCCGUGGUGGCGGCAACUUUGAGAUCCUCCGGCGAGCUGAGGAAGAGAGUGGUGUGGCUGCUGAAAAGGAGCCUGAGAAUACUGCUGUCGCAGCUACCCCAGAUGCCGAGAAGCCCGCAGAGGCGCCCAAUGGCAACUGGAGGACCUCUGAAACGACAGAUGAUAAUGACGGAUGGAGCACGGUAGGCGCCAAGCCGCGCAACAAUCGGCGUGGCCAGCCUGGCCGUGGAUUCGCAUAG